GAGGGUCUCUGGGCAGCUAGCCUGGGCAGCUGCGCCCCGUCCCGCUCUCCCGCCGCUCUCCACGCCCAAGUCUGGGGAGCAGCGAGCCGGCUCCUCGCAUCCGCCGCGCACCGCUGGCCUGCCCCACCGCUCCAGCCAACUCCAUUCAUUGGGAGAGCCCCGAAUUUCCCCGGAUCCCGGGACCCCCGCUUCCUUUUGCACGGAACUGCGGGGAGCGCCAUGGAGAAGGGCAGCGAAACCAACGGCUACCUGGACGGCGCCCAGCCGCGGCCCGGGAGCCCCGGGAAGGCGGCGGGACGCGGAAGGCGCUGCGCUUUUUUCCGGCGCAACGCACUCGUGCUGUUGACCGUGUCUGGAGUGCUGGCCGGCGCGGGACUGGGCGCAGGGCUGCGCAGACUCGAACUCAGCCGCACGCAGAUCUCCUAUCUGGCCUUCCCGGGCGAGAUGCUGCUCCGCAUGCUGCGCAUGAUCAUCUUGCCGCUGGUAGUCUGCAGCCUGGUGUCGGGCGCCGCCUCCCUGGACGCCAGCUCCCUCGGGCGCCUGGGCGGCAUCGCCGUCGCCUACUUCGGCCUCACCACGCUAGGUGCCUCGGCGCUCGCCGUCGCUUUGGCGUUCAUCAUCCAGCCAGGUUCCGGCGCGCAGACUCUUCAGUCUAGUGAUCUGGGGCUAGAUGAGUCCGGGCCGCCUCCUGUUCCCAAAGAGACGGUGGACUCUUUCCUUGACCUAGCCAGAAACCUGUUUCCUUCGAAUCUAGUGGUGGCCGCUUUCCAAACGUACGCAACCGAUUACAAAAUGGUGAAGUACAACACCAGCUUGGGCAAUGUCACCAUUGAAAAGAUCCCCAUUGCCACCGAGAUCAAAGGGAUGAACAUUUUGGGAUUGGUCCUUUUUGCCCUGAUGUUAGGAGUGGCCCUGAAGAAACUGGGCUCCGAAGGAGAAGAGCUCAUCCGUUUCUUCAAUGCCUUCAACGAGGCCACCAUGGUGCUGGUCUCCUGGAUCAUGUGGUACGUGCCCGUGGGCAUCAUGUUCCUGGUUGGGAGCAAGAUUGUGGAAAUGAAAGACAUCAUUGUGCUGGUGACCAGCCUGGGCAAAUACAUCUUUGCGUCGAUCCUGGGCCAUUUCAUCCACGGCGGGAUCGUCCUGCCCCUUAUUUACUUCCUGUUUACCCGAAAAAACCCCUUCCGGUUCCUGCUAGGCCUCCUCACGCCGUUUGCCACAGCCUUUGCUACCUGUUCCAGCUCGGCUACCCUCCCCUCCAUGAUGAAGUGCAUCGAAGAAAACAACGGUGUCGACAAGCGGAUCAGCAGGUUCAUCCUUCCCAUCGGGGCCACCGUGAACAUGGACGGCGCCGCCAUCUUCCAGUGCGUGGCCACGGUGUUCAUCGCCCAACUGAACAACGUGCAGCUGAACGCCGGACAGAUCUUCACCAUCCUAGUGACCGCCACUGCGUCCAGUGUUGGGGCAGCAGGUGUGCCCGCUGGAGGGGUCCUCACCAUCGCCAUUAUCCUGGAGGCCAUCGGGCUGCCCACGCAGGACCUCUCUCUGAUCCUGGCUGUGGACUGGAUUGUGGACCGCACCACCACCGUGGUGAACGUGGAAGGGGACGCCCUGGGCGCGGGCAUUCUCCACCACCUGAACCAGAAGGCCGUGCAGAUGGAGCAGGAGCUGUGCGAGGUGAAGGUGGACGCCGUCCCCAACAGCAAGUCGGAGGAGGAGACGUCUCCACUGAUGGCACACCACAACCCCGCUGGCCCUGUGCCUGGCGCCCCAGAACUGGAGUCCAAGGAGUCGGUCCUGUGAUGGGGCCGGGAGUACCCCACCCUGUUAGUCGAGCGGCCGCACCUGGAAGUCCGCCCUCACCAACGUGAACCUCCGCCUGAGCCUUCGCCCACCAACCAGUAUGUGGUUGGUUUGGCACUGGACUUCCUAGUGGGGCUGGUUACCGAGGACCAAGACCCUCUGUGACAUUGAGUUUGACCCAGGCCCAGCUACAACUGUUUCACCAGGGAUCUGUCGGAAAUAUCCCCUUCAGCAGCCAGACUCCCAGAAACAAUGAACUCAAGGAGCUGGUGGGUCAAGCUGGGGGAAAACGCAGGUGUGUUCUUCUCUGUCCCCGGUUGGCUCUGCACCUGCACGGAGGGUGAGCCGGGCAGACCUCGGGGUUCCCGUCACCUCUUGUAUCGCCUCCUGAGCGGUAGUAAUAGGAAAAACUCCCAAAUUCUUAA